AUGGCUUCCAGGGCUGGUGGAUCCAUAGGGAGAGGUGCAGGCAGGGCUCAAGGCAGCGCACCGGGUUCUCCACCACGACCUAUGCAGGGGCGGGUAGGGGAUGGACCAGGAGGAGCCGGCGCGAUCUUCGUUGGGGGGUUGCUUACCGUACCGGCGCCGACCUCCCGUCGCUCUUUCCGUUACGACGGCCCUCGACCCCCUCCUUCGGGGCAGACGCAGCCGGAGAGCGGCAGUGAGGAGGAGGAUGAGGAGGAGGAUGGUGAGGGCGAGAAGGAGGAGGACAGUGAGGGGAGCGGGGAUGACAGCGAGGCGGCGUGGGACCCAGAGACGCAUGGCGGUGGGGAGGGGGGAGAUGAUGAUGAUGAAGACCACGAGAUGGAUGGGUUGGAGCCAGAGGGGCAGGAGGAGGAGGUCGGAGAGGGUGGCGGAAGAGGGGCGACAGAGGCGGGAUCACAGCAUGUGCGUGAAGGGGGAGGGAGCGUGGGGGUUAAGGUGGGGGGGAAAAAGGCCGUGACCAUUAGGGAGCCGAGGCAGAGGAAGAAGGCCAACAAGUUGAGGGAGCGGGCGUAUCCCUGCACGUUCACUGGGGAGCCCUUGGGCGAGGGUGUGAUCGCUCCCGAGUUCCUAGACGAGGACGGAGGGUCCGAGAGUAGUAAGGGGACUGGCAAGGGUAAUAGGAAGCCGGGGUGGCAGGUAAUGAUGUUCGGACCGUUAGGGGCAGACGAGAAGCGUCAGUGCAAGAUUUGCACAAACAGGAUUUUUUGGAAGCAAUCCACAACAACCCCCAGCGAGAGGCACUUUGCGAGCUUCCACACUGCGCACAUGCAUGUGUGGCAUCACCGUUACCACACCCCGUCCGUUCACUUGCCAGGGGAGACGUUUCCCCGUGGGGGCUACAAGGGAGUGCCGGAUGGCUACGUCUAUGAGUGGCCACAUGCCAAAACUUGGCCGCAACUCGCCAAGGGGAAAGGGAAGGCGACUGGUGGAGGUGAUGGGUCAGGCGGGAUCGAGCGGUGGAUGACAACCAAACUGACCUCGGUGCAGCUACGGCAGGCGAUCACGAAGCUGGUGGUCACCUGCGACCUCCCCUUCCGCAUCGUCGAGGCCGAGGCUUUUCGUGAGCUACUCAUCCUGCUAAACCGCAACUGCGCGCAGAAGAACUUCAUCCCCUCGCGCUGGACGGUUUCCCGCGACACAGUGGUCUAUGCGGCUGCCGCUCUUCAGUCAUCCGUUGCGGAGAUGCUGGCGAAGGAGGGGGAGGUGGGGUGCAGGGUGUCGUUCACCAUCGACAUGUGGACGGCACCCAACAACACGGCGUGGCUAGUGGUAACGGGUCACUGGAUCGACGAGAAUUUCCAGCUGUGCACAAUGGUGUUUGAAUUCCGCGAGAUUCACGGGCGUCACACGGGCAAGCAGAUGGCGAGGGUGGUUGAGGAGACGGUGGUGCACUGGGGGUUGGAGACGCGUUGUCUUGGGUUCACCUCAGACAACGCCUCCAGCAACACAGCCGCUUUCAGGUGGAUGUCGGAGGAGGGUGGUGGCCAGUGCUUCUUCAACUCGCGCAUGCACUUCCGGUACGGAAGGGAGUGUGCGUGGGAUGUGCAAUGA